CUGUCAAUGAGCAUCUAUUCAAUGCUGCUGUAUCUUGCUAGUGCUAGUGCUGUGUUUUUCCUCAGUGCUCCUCCACGAGGGCGCACUAGUAGAGCUCUUGUUUGGGGAAACACCCUCAGCGACGAAGUGUGUAGGGAACACAGAGGGGUGCACGGAUGUCGGAGAAUGCUAGAAACAAUACAUGUGGUCUGAGACAGACGAUCCCUCAGCAUAUUUCUGUACUGUUUUCCUUCCAUGCAUGUAGCUACCCGGUGAUUCGAUUCAUGUUGAGAAGAAACGACAUUUGCUUUGCGUCGCGAGGCAGAGCGUGAGGAUGCUGUGGCGCGCGAGCGGCGUGUGACACAAACCAACAAAUCUAACAUAUUAACGAGGAUCGAGAGUUCGUGUAUGUAGGCUCAAAUAAAACAGAGGCGUUUUCCUUCCUGUCUUGCAUCGGCAUGUUUUGUGACUGUUAGGGGCUGAGCAGUGGCGUGAUGAAGGCAUUGUGCACGAGCAGGUUCCUGAGGCGACUGUGUGUUUGUGUUGGACUCAUCGCCCUCAGCUGGCUUCUCCACGUAACAGAUCCCCCUGAUAAGGAUUUUGGUCUGAACUGGUCUAAACGAAAACUGACUCAGCAGAGUGGAGAGCUGAACCAGACAUCAAGCAAACCGCGAGUUGCGAUCAAUGAAUUUCCUGAAGAUGUCUUCACUAAGGAGCAGAGAAGGCAUGGGGCGUUGCUGCUGCAUAUCCUUUGUGCUGUUUACAUGUUCUACGCCCUUGCUAUUGUCUGUGACGUGUAUUUUGUGCCAUCUCUGGAAAAGAUCUGUGAGAACCUACAUCUGAGUGAGGAUGUUGCAGGCGCUACCUUCAUGGCAGCAGGAAGUUCUGCUCCAGAGCUCUUUACCUCUCUGAUUGGUGUAUUCAUCACUAAGGGAGACGUGGGAGUUGGCACCAUAGUGGGCUCAGCAGUCUUUAAUAUCCUAGUUAUCAUUGGAGUGUGUGGCAUUUUUGCUGGACAGACGAUCUGUCUCACGUGGUGGCCUCUCUUCCGAGACUCUGUUUUCUACAUCAUCUCAAUCUUAGCUUUAAUUCUGAUCAUUUACGAUGAGAAGGUUCUUUGGUGGGAGACUCUAGUCCUCAUAUCGAUGUAUGGAUUUUACAUCCUUAUCAUGAAAUUUAAUGGUCAGAUCUGGGGCUGGGUGGAACUGAAGUGUGGUAUACAUGGACAGCCAUGUUUGGUGAGCAGCCUUCAGCAAGAUGUAGCACCAGAGGAAGCAAGCGUACACUGUGACACUUCUAUGAUCCUGAUGAAGAAAGAUCAGUGUGCAAGUGAACAGGACUCAGCUGUGGUGAUGGUGGAUGAGCUGAUGAGUCUGCAUCCUCACCAGUUCUCUUUAUCAGAGGCAAGCCUCCAUCUCAUGGUCACCCCAUUCUCUCCCUACAUACGCCUCAACAUAGCUGGAUGCAUGCUCAUUGCUGAGAGGCAGAGAUUGAUCAUGAGCCGGAGCUCAGGGGAAAGUUGCAGUGGCACAGGAGAAAUACCUGGUCAGGAGAGCCCAGGGAUGGAGGGAGCACCCUGGGGACUAGAAAAUGGUGACAACAUGGACAGCGAGACUCAGCCGCUAGAAGAGGCGAGGACAUGGGGAAAGGGGGGAACAAUGGAAAUGGUGGAAGACACGGGGGAUGCACAACCCAAAGACACAGAAGAUGAAGAGGCAGAAGAAGUACAACCCUUCAAUCCCCUGAUUGUGCCAGGAGGAUGCUUUGAACGUGUGAAGUGGUUUCUCUCAUGGCCUUUAAGCUGUCUGCUUUAUUACACUGUGCCCAACUGUUUGCUACCACUCUGGGAGCGCUGGUUCAUGGUCACCUUUGUGGUCUCCACACUCUGGAUUGCUGUUUUCUCCUACCUCAUGGUGUGGAUGGUCACCAUCAUCAGUUUCACACUGGACAUUCCAGAUGUGAUUAUGGGCAUCACGUUUUUGGCAGCUGGCACAAGUGUCCCAGACUGCAUGGCUAGUCUUAUAGUCGCCCGGCAAGGUAUGGGAGACAUGGCUGUGUCCAAUUCAAUAGGCAGUAAUAUUUUUGAUAUUCUGUUGGGCCUCGGGUUCCCAUGGGCUCUGCGUACGCUUGUGGUGGAUUACGGGUCAACGGUCUUCAUUAAUAGUAGGGGACUGGUUUAUUCAGUUAUUUUACUGCUUGCUUCCGUCUUUCUCACAGUUCUCAGCGUACACUUGAAUCACUGGAGACUUGACCCGAGGUUAGGUCUGGGCCUUAUGGUCUUGUAUGGCAUCUUCCUUCUCUGCUCGAUCUGCUUUGAGAAGCUGUAGGUCACAUCAGACACAGCUAGUGAACCUUUACCCUGAAUAAUACGCUGGAUUUAUUCAUGAGGAAACAUCACAUUACUGUAAUUAUUGUGUCAGAGACAUAAAGAGCAGGUAAUGUGUGGGUCAAACAGUGUGGCUUUUCACACUUGUAUUAGUGAACUUUUAAUCCUGGCUAUUCAUCAUCUGAAGUUGUACACUGUAUAUUUCUAAACCCUGGCCCUACUUGCAAAUUUGUGGUGUCAGCAACCAUAAUUGGAUAAAUUCAACAUGUGACCAGUCUCAUGUUUUGGCAUCAGGGAUGAAAUAAAACUUCUCUAUGCUCCAGUUGACACAUGCUGUUCAAUUUCUGUUUUCGGUUUCGGUUAGUCGUACCAUUCAAACACUGUACAUCGUUUCACACUGUAAAAGCACUGUUUAUAUGUUGCCACAAUGUUUGGUUAGCAGGGUUUUACAUCCCUGGGCAAAAAGCAGUGCUAAUCCUGCUUCUAAAGUUCAAGUGUGAAACCAUCCACUGCCCAGGGUUAGAAGUGAGGUUUAGUCUGGGGUUAAUCUCAGUGUGAAAAGCUUAGUGAUUAAAGAUUCAAGAUCACAUUAAAGAGUUACUACACUUGUAUUAUUGUAUUAUUUAUGCUGCUGAUAAGAAGUAUUGAUACACUUUAAAUUAAAACAAUGCUCUGGCCCACAUGCUAUUUGCCCCCCACAGUGUUGUUUUUGAAGUAGCCUGUUGGUGGUUUUAAAUAAAAUUUUAUUUGGCUAAUUAUUGCAAAAACGUGUAAUACUGAAAAAAAAAAAGCUCUCAGUUUGGACACUGAGUGUCACUAAAGCCAAAUCUUUCAACUUUGUCUCUUAGCCAUAUUUAAUAUAUUUGUAAUAAUAAUAAUAAUAAUAAUAAUAAUAUCAAUAUCAUCAAUCAAUAUCAAGUUUUAUUCUAAAGGACUACAUUAAUUUUAAUGAAUAAAGCCACAGGAUUUAAUGGUUACAAAACACGGGUCACUUCUUCACUUUUUUCUUGUAAUUUUUUUACCCUAAAGAAUUUCAAAUGAUGUAGUAAUUAUGAGCAAGACAACACAAAUUAUAGAACAACAUGUUUUGCAACAAUUUUUUAACAACGAUUAUUUAGAUGUAUGUAUUUCAUGAUGUAAUCCGUAAUUGGGAAAAAAUGAUAAAACAAAACAAAAAUAGACUUUAACAGUUUAUUCUAUUUCAUGCAUGUUUGGAGACAUUUUACUACAUGUGUGCACAUACCUUUAAACACUAAUCUGUGUGGGUUUCACCUGGUUUUAGUUUUUGUCUAGUUUUAAAUUGCGAAUAAUCAGUGAAUGGAAAUGAACCUUGCUGAAAUUUGAAUAAAAAUUGGAUGAGUUGACAAGAGUAAACCUGAAAAGUGGAUACCUCAUUUUGAUGAUUUUGAGCUGUUUAACUGCUUAUAAAUUAUUAUUAUUAUUAUUAUUAUUAUUAUUAUUAUUAUUAUUAUGUUGCAGUUAUUCGAUUCUGACAUUUAUUUUGCGCUUUUUUCUCCAAUCAAAACAUUUAGCACUAAAGUAGAUUUAGUAGUAAUUAUUAAUAAAGGAGUCAUUAUUAGUGUUAUUAUUGUUUAAUGAUUCUCACCGUUAAUUUUCACGCUUUUUGUACUUGUCUUUUCUGUAUACUGUUAUGAUUUUAAGACCCCAAAUGGAUUCAUCACCUGUGUAAUGAUUUUAUCAUAGCUUGAGUGUUUAUAGCAUUUAACGUAUUUUUAUAAUAAACACCAUGUUUAUUUGGUUUACUGGAAUAC